AAUAAUCUCACAGUAUAAAUAUCCAUAAUUUGUUUCGUAAAGAUACAUUCAAUGAUUAAUCAUGGCCUCUUGCACUUUAAUGUUUGUGGUAUUCUUCUUAACAUGUUUCACCAGCCACCCUGUAAUAAGUAUUGAGGUGUAUGAGAAACCAGAAACAAAAUCAUCUCAUUCUACAGUUUUAAAUAGUGCUACGUCAGUAAAAAAAAUUCCCUUAGUCAAACAAAGUUCUACCGGAAACGCUGCUCAUAUUUCUGGAUCUAUCAAUGGUUUUGGCCAUGGUGGUGGUGAAAUUCAUGGAUUCGGACAGGGACAUGGAUUUAGUGGUUCAUUUGGUAAUGGUGCUGGUACCGCAGGGGCAGGUCAUCAUGGUAGCGCAAACGGAGUAAAUGGAUUUGGAAGCAGUGGAGUUGGAGCUGGAAGUGGAAAUGGAUUUGGUAGUGUAUCUGGCACUGCUGGUGGAACUAAUGAAUUUGGAAACAAUGCAGCAGGAGCCGGAAGCGGUACUGCAUUUGGCAGUGGAUUUGGAAGUGCUAAUGGAGCAAACGGAUUUGGAAGCAGUGGCUCUGGGGCUGGAAGCGGUAUGGGAUUUGGAAGUGGAUCAAAUGGUGCAAAUGGAUUUGGGUCUGGAUCAGGUGGAGGUUUUGGUGGAGGAAAUGAGUUUGGUGGUAUUUCAGGUAGUGGUGGAGAAGGGUUUGGAAAUGGCUUCGAAGGCGAAAAUAGUCAAGCUAUGGGUAAUACAUUUGGAGCUAAUAGUGGAACGACAUCUGGAAAUGGUUUCGGAAAUGUUAAUGGAGGAUCUGCGGCAACUGGUUUUGAAAAUGGAUUUGGAACUAAUAAUUGGGGAACAUCUGGAAAUGGUUUUGGAGCAGGUAACAAUGGGAUAUCGGGAAAUGGUUUUGGUAAUGGUGGAGGAUCUGGAAAUGGUUUUGGCAUAAACAAUGGUGGAGGAUCAGUAAACGGUUUUGGGGCAGUUGGAAGUGCUAAUGGAGCAAACGGAUUUGGAAGCAGUGGUUCUGGGGCUGGAAGCGGUAUGGGAUUUGGAAGUGUAUCUGGCACUGCUGGUGGAGCUAAUGAAUUUGGAAACAAUGCAGCAGGAGCCGGAAGCGGUAAUGCAUUUGGCAGUGGAUUUGGAAGUGCUAAUGGAGCAAACGGAUUUGGAAGCAGUGGCUCUGGGGCUGGAAGCGGUAUGGGAUUUGGAAGUGGAUCAAAUGGUGCAAAUGGAUUUGGGUCUGGAUCAGGUGGAGGUUUUGGUGGAGGAAAUGAGUUUGGUGGUAUUUCAGGUAGUGGUGGAGAAGGGUUUGGAAAUGGCUUCGAAGGCGAAAAUAGUCAAGCUAUGGGUAAUACAUUUGGAGCUAAUAGUGGAACGACAUCUGGAAAUGGUUUCGGAAAUGUUAAUGGAGGAUCUGCGGCAACUGGUUUUGAAAAUGGAUUUGGAACUAAUAAUUGGGGAACAUCUGGAAAUGGUUUUGGAGCAGGUAACAAUGGGAUAUCGGGAAAUGGUUUUGGUAAUGGUGGAGGAUCUGGAAAUGGUUUUGGCAUAAACAAUGGUGGAGGAUCAGUAAACGGUUUUGGGGCAGGUAACGGAGGAGGAUCGGGAGGGGCAACGGGAAAUGGUUUUGGAAUAGGUAGUGGUGGAGGAUCAGGAAAUGGGUUCGGGGGAGGUAUUGGAGGAGGAUCUGGAAACGGUUUUGGAAUGGGUAAUGGUGGAGGAUCUGUUGGAGGAUCUGGAAAUGGAUUUGGAGAAAGUAAUAGUGGAGUAUCUGGAAAUAAUUUUGGUGCAAUUAACAGUGGUGCUGCGGGAAAUAGUUUUGGCGCAGGAAAUGGUUUUGGGGGUGGUAUUGGAGGAGGAUCUGGAAAUAGUUUUAGUACAAGUAAUAGUGGAACAUCCGGAAAUGGUUUUGGAGUUAGCAACAAUGGAGGAUCAGGAAAUGGUUUUGGGGCAGGUAUCGGAGGAGGAUCGGUAGGGUCAUCGGGAAAUGGAUUUGGAACAGGUAACAAUGGGAUAUCAGGAAAUGGUUUUGGUGAGGGUAAUGGUGGAGGAUCUGGAAAUGGCUUUGGGGCAGGUAAUGUUGGAACAUCUGGAGGAAAUGUUGGGAAUGGAUUUGGUGCUGGACAAGGCAAUGGAUUUAGUGGUGGGAUAGGAAAUGGUUUUAGUACUGGAACUGGUGAGGGUUUUGGAGAAAGUGAAGAAGGAUUUAGUUCGGUAGGUGGAUUUAACGGUGGCAAUGGAAAUGGAAAUGUACAAAUUCAAAAUCAAAGACCUCAUUCAAGACCUCAUUUAGGAGGUAUUGGAGGAGGACACUUUGGUGGUGGUGUUGGUUUUGGUGCAUCUGGAAAUGGGGGUUUUGGAGGAUCAGGAAUCAGAAGUUUUGAUUUAUGAAAAUAAAAAAAAUAUAAUUGUAAUGUAUACAUAUUAUUAAAAUUAUUAUUUUUAUUAUUAUUUAA